AUGGUUGGGUCCUUCCAAGGGGGAAGCGGGAGAGUGAGACUUCAAACUGCACCCCUAAAAGCCUCAGGGCGCCCACUCCAUCCUUUUCCACCCCCCUGAAGUUGCCCCUACGGGGCGAAAUUCAAAGGAGGUAAGGAUCCUGGAGGGGUCGCGUUCCUGCCUUUCACUCCCUCUCCACGUGCCCCACCCCCCGCAGUUUCAGGCGCAUUAGUAGCCCUGAAACGGUCACUAGCACCCCAGAAUGCCUCAAUACUCCUGUGCCAACAAGGUCGGAGUCCCUGCGAGCUGAGCCCCUCACCCCGUUCAUCUCGAUCGUGCCCAGCCCAGGGGCGCGCGUGGGACGGCUAGGGGCUCCCCUUGUCCUCGCGGUCGCUGCGCGCGCAGCCUGCACCCCAUCCUGCCCAGCCCCGAGGGAGACGCCGGGCCGCGCGACCCCAGAGCGACCCGGAGCCGGCGGCGGCGACGCGAGGUCAUCGGGGGAACAGCCUCCAAUUCUGUCCGGCCCGCGGGCCGCGUGAUAGGCCGUAGCCAAUCCCGGGGUAAAGCGGGUUGUUCCAAAAAAAAAACCCACCCAGCGGCUUCCUGCUUCCGCCGAGCCUCCUCUUCCUGCCGGCGUCCCGGAGCCCUGCGCCCUGUCCUCAGAGCCACUGCUGCCCCGGGGUCCCCGCGCCUCGGAGGCCCCCGCGUCCCUGGAGCCCGGGCCGCGCAUCCGUGGAGCCUUGAGCCCCGCGACCCCCGGUGCCCUGCGUCUCGCGUCCCCGCGCGCUCCCCAAAGUCCCGGCGGCGGCAGGUCACGCCUAACCCGGCGGAGAGCGCCGCCUUCCUCCGCUCCGCCCGCACCAUGGCCGCCCCCGACCUGUCCACCAACCUCCAGGAGGAGGCCACCUGCGCCAUCUGCCUCGACUACUUCACGGACCCGGUGAUGACCGACUGCGGCCACAACUUCUGCCGCGAGUGCAUCCGGCGCUGCUGGGGCCAGCCCGAGGGCCCGUACGCCUGUCCCGAGUGCCGCGAGCUGUCCCCGCAGAGGAACCUGCGGCCCAACCGCCCGCUCGCCAAGAUGGCCGAGAUGGCGCGGCGCCUGCACCCGCCGUCGCCCGUCCCGCAGGGCGUGUGCGCCGCGCACCGCGAGCCGCUGGCCGCCUUCUGCGCCGACGAGCUGCGCCUGCUGUGCGCCGCCUGCGAGCGCUCCGGGGAGCACUGGGCGCACCGCGUGCGCCCGCUGCAGGAGGCGGCCGACGACCUCAAGGGCAAGCUGGAGAAGUCCCUGGAGCAUCUGCGGAAGCAGAUGGAGGACGCGCUGCUGUUCCAGGCCCAGGCCGAGGAGACCUGCACCCUGUGGCAGAAGAUGGUGGAGAGCCAGCGGCAGAACGUGCUGGUGGAGUUCGAGCGGCUGCGCCGCCUGCUCGUGGAGGAGGAGCAGCGGCUGCUACAGAGGCUAGAGGAGGAGGAGCUGGAGGUGCUGCCCCCACUGCGAGAGAGCGCCGCCCGGCUAGAGCAGCAGAGCACCCAGCUGGCCCAGCUCAUCGAGGAGCUGGAGGGGCGCUGCCAGCUGCCUGCGUUGGGGCUGCUGCAGGACGUCAGGGACAUCCUGUGCAGGGUCCAAGACGUGAAGCUGCAGCCUCCCGAGGUGGUGCCCAUGGAGAUGAGGACGGUGUGCAGGGUGCCGGGGCUGGUGGAGGCCCUGCGGAGGUUCCGAGGGGACGUGACUCUUGAUCCCGACACCGCCAAUCCUGAGCUGGUCCUGUCGGAGGACAGGCGGAGCGUGCGGCGCGGGGACCUGCGGCAGGCCCUGCCUGACAGCCCUGAGCGGUUCGACCCCGGGCCCUGCGUGCUGGGCCGGGAGCCCCUGACCUCCGGCCGCCACUACUGGGAGGUAGAGGUGGGGGAGCGGGCCAGCUGGGCCCUGGGCGUCUGCAGAGACAACGCCAAUCGCAAGGAGAAGGGCGAGCUGUUCGCCGGCAACGGCUUCUGGAUCCUGGUGUUCCUGGGCAGCUACUACAACUCCUCCGAGCGCGCCUUCGCCCCCCUCCGAGACCCGCCCCGGCGCGUGGGCAUCUUUCUGGACUACGAGGCGGGACACUUAUCCUUCUACAGCGCCACCGACGGCUCGCUUUUGUAUGCCUUCCCCGAGACACCCUUCUCAGGGACCCUCCGGGCCCUCUUCUCGCCUCUGUCCAGCAGCCCCACCCCGAUGACCAUCUGCAGACCGAAAGGUGGGCCUGGGGACAUGCUGGCUUCCCAGUGAGGUGGCCCUCGUGGUGAGUGGGUCUCUCAUGGCUCCUCGUCCUGGCUUUGGGUCUUUGAGCCACUUGGAAAGCCUGGGAGGAAGGUGCGUGUCCUCUGAGCUGUGGAAAGAGCUCGUAGGGCCUCUGAUGUGCGCAGUAAAACUGAACUUGCUGUCACUCCUGGGAAGCUGUGCAAGGCGUGCAGAGCCGGCUGCAUCCUGCCCUGGGAUGUCCUCCCAGAUCGUCGGAUGCCGAGACCCUCUCUGCUGGGGCAUCACCAACAGCCCUUCGCAGAACCCCGAGCCCAGGACCCCGGCAGCUCUGGUUCCAGGAGCCCACCCAGCCUGGCUGCAUUCUGUGGAGAGGCACCGGGGUCCUACGACUCCAGGGCUGCACCCUGAGAAAGCUGCCGGCAGUCUCGGGGUCUGGUCCCAUAAAACGGGCUGGAUGUGGCUGCCUCAGGUUAGUCAGGGUGCAGCAGGGGGGACCUGGGAAAGGCCAGAGGAGGGGAGAGGGAGCAAAAGGCGCUGAUAGUGCAGCCUAGUAACCAGGACACACGGAAGCGCCAACCACUCGGGGAUCCUGAAAAUGCCCCUUCACUGGCCCCUAGUGCGGAGGCUGGGAUGUGGGGGUCCUGUGGGCCUGGAGGUGAGCACUGGUGGGCAAGCUCCCAGUUUCCAUCUGAGCUGCGCUGAGAGCCGCAGGCUGGCGUUGCCCUCACAGACGGCCUGCAGGGCAUCCCGGCGUCUCUGGCCCCCCACUGCUCUUGCCUGCCCUGGGGGAGGGGCGAUACUGCUUAUGGAAUCCGGGAUUCGUUUUGCUUUUAACUUUUGCACUGCUUCACCCUCUCAGGAAGGUGUGGUGUGGCAUCUGCAUCCCUAGGAUUUAUUUAUUCCAAGGACCCUUCUCACAGUAAAUAAACAGCAUUGUCUGUAAUCCCACUGUCUUUAAGUGGUGGGGGGUGGGGGUCGCAGGUUGGGAAAGUGCUGGGCAGAGGGCCAGCCCGGGGAGGGUGGCGCUGAGGCAGGAUGCUUGCAGGCAAAGUCAGGGACGCGGCUACUGCCCCCGUGAACACAGCGACUCCCAGACGUGGUCUCCCUGGUCUUUGCUCGACGUGCGUGUUCAUUUCAUGCACCUGCUGCAGAAAUUUUUUGUUUUUCCAGAUAACCUUUCCCUGAUAAACACUGUGUUCAGUAGCCAGGUAGUUUUCCACUUGUUGGUCAUUCCUUUACUCAUUCUUUCAUCCUUGGGCUUUUUUGUUAUUAGAUGUAUUCCCCUUUGAAUGUCUUCAGCAGUUCCUUCAAAUUAUGUGCACGGGGGAAGGAUUUUUGAGGCAGGAGUCCGGGCAUUUUCCUGGCUGGAGAAGUGCCCCCAUCUCAUUUUCCUGAGCAGCUGAGCCCACUGUCACUUUCUGUUGACAAUCUGAGUGUACCGUGGGUUCCCGCCUGGAGCAAGAUCUGGACAUCAAGGUUUGGGACUUCACCAUGGCUGCCAGAAACGCCACUGGGAGGACAGCCUCAUGGGUGAGAGCAUGGACAAGCACUCAGCCGCACUCAGGGCACCAGGACAGACACCUCCAGCCGCGGCGUUAGGGUAGAGCUGGACACCAGUCGGGGAGACGGAAAACCAUUUGUGUCUACCGUUCUGAGUUCUGGGCAGAGACCAGCUCGUCACUGCUGGUGCAGAGGCUCACCACCAUCAGUGCAGAUCACCCACUGCUAGUGUAGCGCCCACCUACAGCUAAUGUAGGAGCUCACUCACGGCUAGUCUAAGUGAUCACCCACUCUUAGUGCAGGAGCUCAGCACUGCUAGUGUAAGUGAUCACCCACUCUUAGUGCAGGAGCUCAGCACUGCUCGUGAAGGACACGUCAUAGGUCGUUCCCUGGCCCUCCUGGAGCUACCUGCCCACGUGCGGGGCCUUCGCUUUUCCUGUCAUCGCUUCACACCUAGAGCAGCGGGGGCACCUGCCUGCACCUUGCUUUCAGCAGGGAGAACACCCAGCAAGGUGAGUCAGGUGUGAGCUUGUCCGUGAGUACCAGGGAGCUCAUCCCUUCUGACGGUGGGGGGCAGCAGAACACGCCACCCCUGAACUCCCAUUUGGCGUAAGGUAUGUUUCGAGCAGGAGCAGCCACACUGCGCAGGGCAGACACUGACGGGUGUCCUGGCCCCUCCGCACAGGGAGAACAGGCCGGCACAGGAGAUGGCUCCCGACCUCCCAGCCUGGAGACGGCACUGAGAAUGCACCUAACUAACCUACUAACUAGCUUAUCUGCCACUCCUUUACUUGGCCAUGGUGGGCCGGCCAUCGAAGUCCACAACCACUUCCCUUGACCUGUCAUUUAUCCACACACUUUCGUUCCUUGUGGAGGGUGCUGGAUAAGCAGGAGUCUAAGCCACUGCUCUGAGUGCCUCGUUUUCCCUGGCUGUCUCCCACGUGUACAUGUUCACAGACUCGUUUUUCUCGUUAACCCGUCUUAACAAGACAAGACAACAGGUUUUUCUCGUUAACCUGUAUUGUUAACAAGACAGCGAUGGCGAGCUCUAACUAGCAGUGGUGAGCUCCUGCACUAGCAGUGGUGAUCACUUACACUAGAAGUGAGCUCCUACACUAGCAGUGGGGAGCUCCUGCACUAGCAGUGGUGAGCUCCUACACUAGCAGUGGUGAGCUCUUACACUAGAAGUGAGUAAUCUACACUAGCAGUGAGUGAGCUACACUAGCAGUGGUGAGCUACACUAGCAGUGGUGAUCACUUACACUAGAAGUGAGUAAUCUACACUAGCACUGGUGAGCCCCUACACUAGAAGUGAGUAAUCUACGCUAGCAGUGAGUGAGCUACACUAGCAGUGGGGAGCUCCUGCACUAGCAGUGGUGAGCUCCUACACUAGAAGUGAGUAAUCUAUACUAGCAGUGGUGAGCUACACUAGCAGUGGUGAUCACUUACACUAGAAGUGAGUAAUCUACACUAGCAGUGGUGAGCUCCUACACUAGCAGUGGUGAGCUCCUACACUAGCAGUGGUGAGCUCUUACACAAGAAGUGAGUAAUCUACACUACCAGUGAGCUCCUGCACUAGCAGUGGUGAGCUCCUACACCAGCAGUGGGGAGCUCCUACACUAGCAGUGGUGAUCACUUACACUAGAAGUGAGUAAUCUACACUAGCAGUGGUGAGCUCCUACACUAGCAGUGGUGAUCACUUACACCAGAAGUGAGUAAUCUACACUAGCAGUGGUGAACUCCUAUACUAGCCGUGGUGAGCUCCUACACUAGCAGUGGUGAUCACUUACACUAGAAGUGAGUAAUCUUCUACACUAGCAGUGGUGAACUCCUAUACUAGCAGUGGUGAUCUGCACUAGCAGUUGUGAUCUCCUGCACUAGCCGUGGUGAGCUCCUACACUAGCUGUGGUGAGCUCCUACACUAGCUGUGGUGAGCUCCUACGCUAACAGUGGGUGGUCUCCACCACCAGUAGAUGAUUGGCAGCAGCCAACGAUCUAAGGAGGAAAUGACAAUAGAAAUUAGUAAGUAUCUGGAGAUAAAUGAAAACACAAAAUAGGAAAACGUACCAGAUGCUGUGAAAGCAGUUUUAAGAGGAAAAUUUAUACUGUAAAUGUUUAUAUUAGAAAAGAAGAGAAAUCUCAAAUCAACAGCCUAACAUUACACCUCAAGCAACUAGAAAAAGAAGGCAAAUUAAAUGCGAAUCUAGCGGAAAGAAGGAAAUAAUAUAGGUUAGAGCAGUGAUAAAUGAAAUAAAUAAUAGAAAAGCAACAGAGAAAAACUUCAAAACUAAGAGUUUGUUCUUUAAAGAGAACAAUAAAAUUGACAAACUUUUAGCUAAAUUAUGAAAAAAAAACAAUUAAAAUCAGAAAUGAAAGGGGACAUUACAACUGAUUAUACGGAAAUAAUUUUUGUCUCUACAGUCACCCCAUUUCUACCAUACAUAACCAAAGUGAGAUUAGUCUGUCUAGUUUCCAACUUAGCCUGAUUGUUAACAUAAGUGCAGCAAGAAUAGUGAUGACCAUGUAGAAUCUUGUAAAUCUGCUCUUCUGGAACUUUCCAUAAGGAAUGUCAGAUUAGACUUGUAAAAGCCUCUUGAGGCUCGGAAGACAAGCCAAGUCUGCCUCGACGUCAGAUUUCACUUGCAAUUUCUAUAGAUUUGGGUUAAUUCCUCUCUUCCUGAGGUCCCUAAAAUAUCCUGAGAUUCCUGGACCUGCCAGGAAUUCACCUGGAGAGGCUGCUGAGAGUCCUAUAAGCAAGACACCAGGCUGAUUUGUCCAAGAUUUACUGGCUCCAUAAAGUCAACCUUAAUUCCUUGAAACUGUCUGGUCAUAUCUGAUUUUAUGCAUAUUCUCAAAUGUGACAUUCCAGUAAAAACCUUAUUGUAACCAGUGUUUCCAGUUGUGUCCUGUUACAAGGAAAACAGAUUCUUGAACUUACGCAAAUAAGUAUCUUGCCAUGAAAAUAAGAAUACUUAAUGAGUUCCUUAAUUCUGGAGGGAUCAGGUAGGGAGAAAAGGAUAAAUGUUUCAAUUCUGUUUACAAAGCCAUAACUUACCAAAUUGCUGUACGUUAUAGAUAGCUUAAGAGAAAAAAGUUCCAUAAAGCUGGAAAAACAAAACAUUAAAGAACCAGCAAUGUUUCAAAGAAAAAGCUGUAAAAAGUAUAACCAUCCUCAUGAGUUUGUUUGGCCCAUGGGAUUAAUUCUUGUUGAUCUUGAUCUGUUGUUAGCAGUUUUCUGAAGCCAUUAGUUUCUCGUCUAGGGUUCUGUGAAUCCUUACCCCUCAGUGGUAUGAUCUGAGAGUUAUCAGAAAUCUGUCCUUGUCAGAGCUCUUUCCAUGAAGCUCCUCGAAACAAGCACCUUGCGAAAAUGUCCAAGUAAAACAGUAACUGUAAAUGACAAAGGACUCAACAAUGGCCACAGUUAACAUAUACAGAGCUAGGACAUUGAGAAUUACACGCAAGUGAUGAAAGAAUUCACAGGAGAUCGAAGUAGAUGGAGGCACAGCGUGUCUGUGGAUUGAUACACAGAUUUAACACGAUUCCUAUCAAACUCUCAGCAAGAUUUUGUUGCACAUGUAAACAAGAUUAUUCUAAAAUUUGUGCAGAAAAGUAAAGGAGCUACAAAAUCUGGAACAGUUUUGAGAGGGAGGCGUCGAGGGAACAGAACCCGUAUUCCCACACUCAGGACUCGCCGUACAGCCUCAGGAAUCAAGGCGGUGGGUAUUGAGGAGGGACAGACAGACAUGAACAGAACAGACCCAGGAUCAGACCCACACAAAUCUGCCCAAAUGGUCUUUCACGGGAGCAAAGGCCAUUCAACAAAGGAAGGAGCCUCUUCAACAAAUGGUGCUGGAGCAAAGGGAUGUCCGGGGGAAAACAAACCUCAACCUAAAGCUCACACCUUAUGUGAAAAUUUACUCAAAAUGGAUCACAGCCUUGAGUGUAAAAUGUAAAACUUUUAGAGAAAAUAGGAUGAAGUCAUCGGACCCAUACCCUUAUCAGAUACGUGCUGGUUGUGUAAAACAGCUCAUCGAGAGCAUGUGUUGGCUGGGGCCAUCCCGUGGGCAUCCAGAUGAGAAGCACUCAGAGAUGUCGGGUUCAAUAUUUCUGAAAGAUACUGACACUCAGGGGGUUAUUUCUCCCUUACGCCUGAUGAGGGACCAUUCCCAGGAAAUCUUAACAGGGUUCAUUAUCUCCCGGAAACCACUGCUUAGGCAGGAGGGAGCCAGGAGGAACGAGUCCCAGGAGAUCACGUUACACACGAGGGUUGUCCUGUAAGGACCAUUUGAUUGGGAGAGCAAGGUUUCUGAAGAAUCUUUAUGGAUACGUAAGAGCAAAGCAGGAUCAGCGAAAACAUCUUGGUGAACUAAUAAUGAUGGUGGAGAUUGGUGAUGGUGGAGGGAGUUAUGGCGAUGAUGGAUGUAAUGUUGGAGGUCUGAGCUCGCUCGCCCUCUUUUUUUCCUCCAAAGAUACGUAUUACAUUUUAUAUUCUCUGUUAAGACGAGCAAACUUCCCGAUUACAUUAACAUCAAAAAACAUCUCGUUUCCCAAGCUGGCCUUGGAGUCUCUGCCAACACCUUCCUCCUUCUCUUCAUGCUCCUUCUGGAUUGCAGGCGUAAGCACCUCACCCCACCCCCGACCUGUCUGUCACUUGGCCAUCCUCCACAUGGUGAUGCUUGUCACCAUGGUGCUCCUAAUGCUGACAGACAUGUUUGGGAUAAGGAAUUUCCAAAAUGAUUCCCAUGCAAGGCCUUGGUCUACCUGAACUGGAUCCUGAAGGGCCUCUCUAUCUGCACCACCUGACUCCUGAGGGUGCCCCAGGCCAUCACCGUCAGGCCCAGCACCUCCUGGCUGGUCAAAUUCACAUCCACAAAUUAUAUCCUCCAUUUCUUCUUCUUCUUGUGGUUCCCACACGUGCCCUUCUGUAGUAACCUGGUCAUCUACUGUGUCUUCACCCAGCGUGUCCUCACUGAGCCACACGUUUAUCAGUGAGUAGUGUUCCUCCUCCCCUCUGAGCUAGUUGUCGGGGACCUGCUCUUCACGCUGUCACUGUCCAGCGAUGUCUCCUUUGUAGGCAUUGUGCUGCUCUCAAGUGCAUCCAUGGUCAUUCUCCAGUGCAGACACAAGAGACAGUCCCAGCUCUGUCACAGCACCAGCUUCUCCCCAAGAAGCCCCCAGAGCAAAGGACCGUCAGCCCAUCGCGCUGCUGGUGGGUUUCUCUGAGGGCAUGGACUGGGAGGACUUAAACGCCUCUUUCUUCUCAACAUGUUAUGGAUGAAGGACUCGGUCACUCUUGGUGUCCAGAGGCUUGCAGCCAACAGUUAGGCCACGGUCAGUGCUUUGCUGCUAAUCACAGCUGAUAAAAAGAUAACCAGAGUUUUUCAAAAUAUGUUGAGGGAGAGCCAUCCAGUUCAAACAAAUUAGUGAUGGCAUUUGUUUUAAAUGAAUCUCCUGGUUCAGAUCGAUUGUUCAUGCAGCACAGCAUGGCCCUCUGGCUUAACUCCGUGCCUUGGUGGGUCUUUUUCCCUGCGUCCCUGUCCUGUCAGUCUUUUCGUGCCUGUCGGUUCUUACUGCUCCUGUGGGCUGCCCAGUCCUUCAGGAGGCUCUUAGAGUUAUCAUCCUUUUCACUCCUCUAACCAUCUAUCCUCUAGAAGCUCCUGCUGGUGAUAAAAGUCCUCAGUUUUCGUGCUUCUGAAAAUAUUUUUACUUUGUCCUUAGUCAUUAAGGAUAUUUCACUCGGCUCACGUACUUAGCUAGUUCAACCUCUUUUUGUGUUUUCUGAAUCUGAGAAUUAUUUUCACUUUUGGGAAAUUUAUAAUUUGUUAUUUUACUCAUGAUUGUUUUUAUAAAACUCUCUUCUCUGUUUCUAGACACCCAGUCAGGUCCACCUUCUUUCUCUCCAGCCGUCCUGUGUGACGGACCUUUUCCUGUGCUGCCGUCUCUGUGGCUGUCAGCUUCCUGCACCUCAGCUUCCCUGGUCACUGACGCUUUUUACAGCUGAAUCUCAUUUAGUGUUUAAUCCACACCACACCUUGGUUUUAAUUUCAGUUAUCAUAGUUUUCCACUUUAGAAUUUCUUUCUGGCUAUUUCCCAAACGACCUGGCCAGCUUCAUGGUGUCUUUCUCUCCAAGCGAUUUUGAUUUCCUCCUCUGUUCCACUUUUUAUCUGUUGACACACUGCCAAUACCUGUGUUAGGAGUCCCUUGGUUUUUCGGCUUCUGUCCUUCCUCCCUGUGUCCGGCUUCCUUUGGUGCCUCAUGGUUUCAGAUUCCACGCUCCUGUUUGCCUGGUCUGGAUUCGUGGCUCCCCAGCCAGAUUGGGUAAAACUGAGCAUCCCAUUUCAGUGGGGGCCUCUGUCUACUUGCCCACCUGCCUUGUCCUGAGCUGUGACCACUGUUGAAACACAAGUGUCCAGCUGCCGUGUCCAACCCUGGUCUGUCUUUGCUUUUGCCCUGGGAAUACCCUGACUUUCUUGGGAAUUCUGCUGUGAUAGAGUGUGCCUGCUGUAAUUUGCUUCAGAGUUUCAGUUUUCUGAAUCAGAAAGCGUUUUCAGAAUAUCUAUUGACCAAUCAAUCUAAUCUAUGUAAUCUGUUGAUCAAUCAAUCUAAUCUAUCAUCUAUCUUUCUAUCUAGAAUCUAUCUCUUUAUCUAUCUAUCCAUCAUAUCUACCUAUCUAUCUAAUCUGUCACAUACGUAUCUACCUAUCUCAUCCAUCCAUCCAUCUCAUCUCUCUAUCUAUAAUCUUUCUCCCUUCUAUCAUAUAUUGAUCAGAUCUAUCUAUCUAUAUCUAUUUAUCUAUCUAUUGAUUGAUCUAUCUUAUCUAAAUAUCUGCCAUCUAGCUAGCUAGCUAUCAUAUCUGCUGGCCAAGCUGCCCAAGGGGUCAGCAGCCCCAUGUGCAAGGGAGACUUGUGUUGAAGGCACAUUGACCUCCGGCCGCAGAACACAGGGUCUCAGAAGAAACCCCAAGUGUCUGUAUUCUGAACACUAUUUGUUUCCAAGGUACCACAUGGCAACGGCAGAUUGCAUAGUGUGAUAAAAUGAAAACUUAAAUUUGUUUUGAUGUUCUAUGUUCUGCAGUAAUCCCAUCCCUGUUUUAGCAAAGACUAGAGUUGGGGGAUGAAGAAGUCCUUUGCUGCUGACCUCCACAUCUCGUCCUUAGGCUGCCUCUUUAAAAUUAAUUAUCGUUUCUGUUUUCCCAUUUAAUGCAGAAAUUAUUUAGGAUGGUUUUUAAAACUCCCAAGUGGAUAUCUAUAACUUGUUUAUACUGUCAUUGAUGGUUACCGAUGUCAUUCACAGAGGCCAGAAAAUACGGCCUGUCUGUCUUUCUGCCCAACACAUAAAUGUUUCCACUUGUGUUACUGAUACUUCUACAAAUUCAUUUAUUUUUGUAUGUCUGCUCUCUUGGUGUCUGAACAUGGCGUAUUAAAAUCUCCUACUGUGAUUGCCA